AGCUGGUCGGUCGUCGUCAAAUUCAGAAGAAGAGCAGCAAAGUCGAUCGACCGAUGUCCGGUUUCAACCCGUCAACCUGAAACUUACUUUAAUUUGAAAUUAUUGUGAAAACAUAUCAUGGGCUCGUGACUAUUUGUGCAAUUAGAAACGCAUUUCCGAGUUACCGCGGAGCGGAGCGUUUUCCUGAAACGUCUCCCAGCGUGGCAGUAGCUAACCGUGUAGCUAACAGUGUAGCUAACAGUGUAGCUAACCGUGUAGCUCUUAGCUCCCAGCCUGCGUGGUAACUCAGCUGCUGGUCUCUGGGCUUGCACCUCUGGAUCCUGGCGAUAGAAUGGGGCGAGGAGGAGGUCCGACGAGGGGCCGACCCCUUACGGGACCACCAGCUGAUAACGGGCUCCCAUACGACAUGGGUCCACCGGGCUGGGGUCCACCUCUGCCAGGCGGCUGGGGCCGUCCACCUCCUGGCGGUUGGCCUCCACUUCCGAAUGAAUGGGGUCCUCCAUCUUAUUGGGGAGCAAGAGGACCACCGCCGCCAGGUUGGGGGCCUCAUCCUGACGAUUGGCUGCCUCCUCCAGAAGACUGGGGUCUGCGCCCUGAUGAGUGGAGACCUCCACACCCGGAGUGGAGGCCCCCGCAACCCGAAGAUUGGCCACCUGUCCACCCCGACUACUGGAGACGCCCACACCCAAAUGAUUGGGGCCCUGACAGGCCUUUUCCGCCUUCUGGUUGGGGACAUUCAGGCUGGGGUCCUGAAGGGCCACCUGAGCCAUGGGGACCAGAGCCUGGCCCACCCAGACCUGUGCCAUCAGUUGCCCCACCAGGCAUGCCUCCGCCUGUGGGGGUUCCUCCUCCGGACCCUGCAGCCUUCGGACCAGUGGCCGUACCUCCUAUACCCCCGUCAGGCGUCGUCCCUCCGUUCGGGUUCCCGGCCUUCCCUCCUCCCACUUGGACAGGAGAGGCUGUUGUAGAGGAGCGGAUGCCAAUCCCACCCCCAGACCAGCCUGAAUGGAUUAAAGCAUUGAUUUCAGCUCCGUCCACGGAAUCUACUUUAGGUGAGACUAAGAAAUCCCUCGAAGAGGUGGAUGCUACCAAAGCAGUGGCUUCUGAUCCUGUUGCUGUCGUGAAACCAAAGCCCAAGCCUGAGCCCAGCAAGAUUUCCAGAGCUCUCGGCUUGCUGGGAAAACGCGCAUUUGAUAAGCCUCCCCCAGGCAGGUCUACAGGGAUCAUCUCAUUUAUUGGGCCAACGUUUGGCUACAUCGAGAGAGAAGAUCUGGAGAAGUUCACCUUUAGUUUUGAUGCCUUCUUUGGAAACCCCAAAGCAAUGACCCCUGGGGUCAGAGUCCACUUCACCGCCUGCAAAGAGAAGCAGAACAGUCAAAUUGCUACAGAUGUGAAAGUGGCUGCAGGUGGAACAGAGAAUGUGGACACUGACAUAUAUGAAGCCGAGGUCAGUCAGCCGCUCAUGGAGCCCCAGCUGGGUGAGCGUCAGUACCCAGGUCAGGUCCACGUUACCAUUGGGCCGCUGAGAACCAACUUGAUAUUUGAGAGGAAGGACAGCACAGUGACACUGCUCAAGAAUGACCAGGUGCUUGUCAACCUGCUCACCGACAUCGUGAGUGACAAGAGGAGAGCCACCAACAUCAAACCCAAAAUCCCUUCAACCUUCAGCCACACCAACGAGCUGAGAGAGAAGGCGAGUAUUCAGCAAAGAUUUUGCUAAAAUGUAGUGUUUCAA